AUGGAUAUUUGCACUUCAUGGUCCCACUCUCUGUUAAGAACAUUUAUUGACGUUCUUCAUAUGUUUCCAGACACACCUGUUAAGCUAUUAAAAGAAGUCUUUGAAGCUUUACAGUUAUGUGACGUGAUUGAUUUACUGGAAGAAGGAAAACCACGAGCCACAAGAUCGCUGCGACCCGCUCUUCGUUUACAAGAAAUGGAGAAAUUAAGGAAUCCAGAUGAUCGUCCCACAUCUUAUCACAGCAGUGCAGCUGUUCUGAUUAUCGAAAGUCAGGAGACUUGCGACACUGAGGGGAUUGAGAAGUUUUUUAAAGUUCUUAACGCUAAGAGCGAGGUAACUAUGAUGAGCUGCAGAAACGUUCUUGAAGAAGCUAGGGAAGGGUCUUACGAUCAGUUCAUGUGGAAUCAUGACUUUGCAGUGCUUUGGAUAGGGAUAGAAACACAGAAAGAGAGAUAAGGAAGGCGGAUAGGAGCUUAGAGAGAGAGUUGGACAAAUAGAGAUCGACUUAUUCAGAAGUCAUACAGAGUUGGAUAUCCAAUCAAGGUUGGUGAAAAUGUAGAAACGGAAAUUGACCUAACAAAGAACGCGGUUGUGGUGGUAUGUGUACAUACCACGAAACUGACACCAAUUUGAUAGUUAAGCUAAAGCUAGACCGGCGUGUUCUUCACUACAGGUUUAUGGUAGGUGCAUAAUUUAUUGUUGAUUUAUAACACUUGAGGGCAUAAGCAACAAUUUUGUUGGUGCCAAAAACGUAGUCUAGAACGGUAUUAUAGUUACAUUUUGCACUAUGAGAUCCUCGCCUAAAGGUUAACAAGUUUCUUUGAGGAUUUAAGACUUAACACUAUGGUCUAAGAAUCGAUAAAAAUCACCAGGAACUGGGGAACAUUUACCAUGCAGAACAGAAGUCCUUUUAGCGUAUCCAGGCAAGGAGAGUUAAGCGCGAGACAAGCACAAAAUGGAAGACACGCGCGAGAGGAGGCGCGAGUCACGUACUCCUCCUCUCGCGUGCGACUCACCCUACGCGCUCUCCUUGCUUUCACCUUGUAUUUGUCUCCGCUCGCUGGAAAAACAUUUAAGAAUAACGCCUGCUCUUCAGGUGAGGGAACAAGUAGGCGGUCAUGAUAAAUAUUGAGAUAUACUUCCUAUUAACAUAGAUUAUCUUGUGGUCUUAUGUUUGUUUGUAAAUCUUUGAUUGUUAACUGUAAUUCUAAAAUGCAAUUUUACAUUUUGCGUUCGUUUUAAAUUUAUCCUCAGACAACUUCUCAUUAUUUGCUGUAUUUUUCAUCCUCCCUCCGGGCAUUAAACGGUAUCCAGCAGUGAUAUCCCUAUUUGACUCUGUAAAGGAGAGGUUGGUCACCUCAUUUCCCACAAAAUUGAAAUUGAUCAUCCAUCCUAAAUUAUGGAUUCCAAGAACUUGGCCGCACGAAGAGCUUGUUGAGGUGUCUGCUUCUUUUGGAGGUGACGAUUUCCUAACUUGGAUGCUAGAGAUUUUUACCAAACGCUGGCAAACGAUGGACCUGAUAUCAAUGAUGAGAGAAUUAAAGAGGUCUUUCGCAGAAAAGCGUUUG